AUGUGCUGUCAACGCCGCGCCGCCCGUCGCGCCCACUGUGGGAACUCUGCUUAUCAAAACGCAACAUACCAACGUCGACCAACCCUCAUCCGCAUGCUCAUCGACCACAUGAUUCGCAAACACGAAGAGAAACGCGCUCUGAGACAAGCUAUGGCUUUCGAGCCUGCGGUUGAGAAGAGAGGAACUGUGGAUGAAGGACCAUUUAGUGAUGAAGCAAGGGUGGGGGAGGAAGGAAGGGUCAGUGAAGAGUCGGAGUGGGAUUGGGUUGAUGAGAAGAGGGAGGCGCGGAUGAUGAUGGGGCAGAGGGCUGAGAUGAGGCUUGAGUCGAGGGAGGGGAUGGGGUUACCGAGUUAUGAGGUUGCUGUUGGGAAGGUGUGA